GGUCAUAAGCCCAACGCAUAAGAAAACACUCUGAGAGCUAAAUGAACAUGAUCUUAUCGUUUCGCGCGCACUCAGAGUUUACAUAAAAUGUAAAGCCGAACUCAGCCAAAAGAAAGCGCCCAAAGUCGAGUCGACAUAAGUCAUAGGUGUCAAGUGUCAAUGGCCAAAGUCAAAACUGGGAAAAUUACAAAAAAAAAAAAAUGGCAGGAAAAUUGAUAGAGGAAAAAAAACAUAUUUUGCGUGUUUGAGAAAAGAAUAAAUAUUUUCUCUAGGUACAUACCCUAAGUACCUACAUGUCCAUAUUUUUUCUAGUGCUGUCAUGUUUUUAUAAUCUCAUUUUUGUUGCUCUUGUGAAUAGCUUUUUUCAAGGCUAAAUUCAAAUAAUAACAAAACAAUUUUCGUUAUUAUCGGCGAUCGAUGAUUUAUGGCAUUUCCGAGAAGUAGCUAACUUAAAAUCAAAUCUCUACCUACAUCAUGAAUCCAAGCAGUGGGGCUUCGCCUCCAAGUGGACCACAAAACAGUGUUCCUACUACAAAUCCUGAUACACCAAUUCUUACAGCACCAUCUUCAGCAAAAAGUACACCAGCUCAUUUGAAACAUGACGAUAAGGACAAAAAAUCAAAGAUUUUACUUAACAUUUUACCAAAACUACCAUCGACGGAUUCUCUGAGUAAUAGUCCUGGACCUGGAAGUCCUGGGAUAUCUAAUGUAGAUCGGCUUGAAGCUACAGUUAAUGCAGACGGAUUGUACUCACCAGAAUCAUGUUCCAAAUUGAUGAGGAAGGAAUCCUAUAAAGCCCAAAGAAAAAAUUAUCGUCAAGAGAAAAAACGAGUUACUAAUGAAUUGUUAAGUUCCCUUAAAGACCCUAUUGUUGUUCUAGCGGAUUGGUUAAAAAUAAGAGGAACAUUGAAGUCUUGGACAAAGCUAUGGUGUGUUUUAAAACCAGGAUUGCUUGUGCUUUAUAAGAGCCCGAAGGCUAAGAGCAGCCACUGGGUGGGAACAGUACUUUUAAAUUUUUGCAAAGUUAUAGAAAGGCCAAGCAAGAAAGAUGGAUUUUGUUUUAAAUUAUACAAUCCGUUGGACCAAACAAUUUGGGCGCCUAGAGGCCCUGAAAAUGAAACUAUUGGGGCUGUUGUACAACCUCUACCCAGCUCAUAUUUGAUAUUUAGGGCCCCCAGCCAAGUUUCCGGAACGUGUUGGUUAGACGCAUUGGAAAUAUCUAUUCGGAAUGAUGGAGCACUUGUCAGAUCAGUUAGCAAUAAAUCAACAUCUGGAAGCACAACCCAUGAAACACAGUGGAAUGAGACUGAUUAUGAAAAGCACUUUGUGCAUGAUUUGGAUAAUAUAAGUCAAGCUGACAAUGCUGCUCAAAUAAGUACUGGAGAGUUAGAUGUAAGCGAAUCCGAUUCAGAAAUCUCCCUUAAAGAAGGAGAUUUCGAUGCUGACCCGCUCGAAACCCCAUAUGUUCCAAAUAUGGAAGAGGAGUUUGGAGAUGUGGGUGCUCAGGUUGAAGAAUUAGCUGAAGAGCACAAAUCCCUAAUUUGGUAUUUAGUGAAGCAAGUGCGUCCUGGUAUGGACUUAAGCAAAGUCGUUCUUCCAACUUUCAUUUUAGAGCCAAGAUCAUUCCUUGAUAAAUUGUCUGAUGCUUAUUAUCAUGUGGAUAUCUUGAAAAAGGCAGUUCUGGAAGAUGAUGCAUUCACAAGAAUGAAAGAAGUGGUAAAAUGGUAUCUGUCAGGAUUGUACAAGAAGCCAAAAGGACUACGCAAACCUUAUAAUCCCAUUUUGGGAGAAACUUUCAGAUGCUAUUGGCUCCACUCCAAUGGAAGUAAAACGUUUUAUAUUGCCGAGCAAGUUUCACAUCAUCCUCCAGUCUCAGCAUUUUACGUAACAAAUCGUCAAGAAGGAUUUGCAAUUAGUGCAAGUAUUUUAGCAAGGUCAAAGUUUUAUGGAAAUUCAACUUCAGCUAUUUUGGAUGGUACUGCUGUUCUAACUCUCCUACCGCGUGGUGAGGAUUAUAAGUUAACAGUACCCUAUGCUCAUUGCAAAGGUAUUUUGAUGGGCACUCUUACUAUGGAGCUUGGUGGGAAAGUCUCUAUCAAUUGUGAGAAAACUGGUUAUUAUACUGAAAUUGAAUUCAAAUUAAAGUCAUUUUUGGGAGGUUCGGAACAAACAAAUUGUAUCUCUGGACGUUUGAAAUUAGGCAAAGAAACCUUAGCCACUCUAGAAGGUUAUUGGGAUGGUACAAUUCAUAUAAAAGAUAAAAGGACAGGGGAAGUUCAAGUACUAUUCUCUUCAACACCGACUAUAAGGAAACAGAGGCUUAUCAGACAUACAGUACACUUGGACAAUCAGGCUGAGAAUGAGUCUGAAAAACUAUGGCUACAUGUUUCUUCUGCCAUAAUACGUGAUGACAUGAAUGCUGCUACGGAGGAGAAAACUCUUUUGGAAGAAGCUCAAAGAGCUCGAUCCAAAGAACGAAAAAUCAAAUGUGAAGAUUGGAUACCUGUGCACUUCCAACAGGAUCUCCUAAAACAGGAUAUUGGGUAUACAAGCAUUCGGAUUUGCGGCCUUGGGAUCCACGCAAUGAUCUUUAUCAAUAUGAGAAUGAUUAUAAGAUUCUCACAAGAACCAAACAUCCAACGCCAAUGAUCAGAACUGCCAGUAUUAUUAGUGUGGAACCACAACAGGUGGUAGAAUCUCGUGCCUCUGCAAACAAUAAGAGGAAACUAGCUACAAAGCAAAUAUCUUCUGAUGUAGAUGUAAAUGACAGUACAACUGACGAGUGCCAUACAGAUUCGUCACAUGACAGGAAAAAGGAAAAGCUCACUACUAGUAUUACUAUAAAAACUAAAUUACAAAACGUUGACCGACGUUUGCAAGAGCUGACCCAAAAAAUGAACCAGGUUCAAAAAAAUGUCCACCACAUGGUAGAAGUAAAUCGGAAGCCCAACAACAUAUCGAAUAUGUUGAACAUAUUUGCCAUGGUCUUUUGCUUGGGACUUGUUGAAGCCCUUCUCUUUUACAUAUUCAAAAAAUAAAAAUUAUACUUUAUUAUCGGUGCAAUCGAAUGUGAUAUGAAUGUUUAGUAGAUAAGGCUUUUUUUGUUAUUUUGCUUGUGAAGUUUCUUUGAUUUACGUAGAUUUUUAUAGAUUUAAUCUUUAUUUUUUUGGGUAUUUAAAUUUAACAUUAGGUAUCUUGUUGCCAAAAAUUUUCACGUUUAUCUUAUACCAUAUUUUAUACUUUAUUUUUUAAGAGAAUGUUCCUGAUUUCAUUAGAUUUUUUUUUUCUAUUUUAACCCUUAUCUAGUGACACGCGGAAUCUGAAUAUUACCAGCGAUAUGUAGUUGCAAAGGGGCAAACAUGCUCAAAAUUGAGAAAUGCCCUUCAGUGCGGAAACGGUUAAAGACAUCUAAGUGAGAUUUCCAAUCGAAGUUCGAAAAAAAAAAACGAAUCCAUUACACCAUGGUUGAUUUUCACCUAUCUCCUCUAGAAACAGGCGAUUCCUAUCAAAAGUGUCCAAUCUGGGCUACCCUGUUUUCCAAAUACUGAAAAAGGAAAAAUUCAAAACAAUUGCUUGUUGAACACCCAGUUGUUUAUAGAGAAAAAGUCGCACUUUUUUACAUCAAAAAUGUUGAACAUGAACGAGCGAAUAUACAAGAAUAAUAGCCAUAAUUGAAGAAAUGCGCAGAUCAGGAAUAAGGCAAGGCGAUUCACUUAGCCCAUUAAUAUUUAACAUGAUUAUGCAAAAUACAUACUUGCAGACCCACUUAAAAGCAGGCAUAGACAGGGCCUCCCGAAAUUUAGUCCCGCAAGAAGCAUUAGCUGGGAUAUUUAAAUCUCUAAAUUACAUAUUUCUUUUAUGGCUGCGUAAUUUGCCAGACAACACAUCACUGGCUAAGGGUUAAUGCAACUUUUUCUAAUAUAUUUUUAUCAUACACAUGUAUUUACUACUAGCAUGAUAGGUUUAAAUACACUGAAGUCAACCAUGAUUCUAUGAUGAAUUUUGUUCCACAAUAAUGAAAUGGGAGACAUUGUUUGUCAAUUUUUAUGUCCUCACUUGUGUAGAAAUUACAACAAAAGCAAUAAGGUAGUACAAGGUAAUAUUGACACAACUGACACAGAUUUUUUUGAAAAUAUAGGAUUUUGUCUGGAAAUGUGCAAGUCUAAGCUUAUGCCAUAUGCCACUAUGAUGGGCGUACAGUGGGUAACAAUUGCAUGUUCAGAUUUACUCUUUUUUUUAUUAUUAAAUAAGUUUUAGUUUUUUUCUAAAAAUUUGCAAAGUGUCAAUGGCCCUCGUCAGGUGGACAUAACAUUGACACCCUAACUUGCUAAGGUAAUAUCCAGCUAUUUAUUUCAGAUAUCAUUAACAUAAAAAAAGUUUAUUAGGUACCUAUAUCAUGUUUUUUUCAUCUUAUUUAAAACUUAUAAUGAAAAUUGUUACAAUGUUGAUACAAAGCGGACAAGAUAAAAUGUAAAUACCAAUAAAUAGUGAUAGCUUUUCCAUAAUCAAAGAAAGUAUAUAAAUUCCUCUUCUGGCAGAAUCAAUAUAUAUUUGAACAACCCAGUAGCCAUAUCGGCCAUUCAUGAAUGAACCCUUUUCUUUUAUUCCUAAACAUAUUGCUGUUACUUCAUGACCUUUAGAAACUAUUUCGGUUACUUUUAACAUAGUAUAUACUUUAUUAGAAACGCAUUGCUUGUCUAAUAACAAUAAUUUCUUUGGAAUCAAUUCUGUAACGUCUACAGCUGUGUUAUGACAAAUGUCACGAUCUUUCUUAAUUUCAGAUACAUCUAAGUCAGAUUCAUCCUCUAUGUAUAAACUUCCUGCACUCUCAGAACUGCUUCCAACGUUUUUCUCCGAUUGCAGAUUUUUGCGGUCUAUCUCAAUUUAUUUGCAUUGGUUUGUGAUCAAUCCAGAAUCUUUAUACUUAGUGGUAAAACUUUUAGAAAAUUUUAGGAAAACUGAGUUUCGUUUCUGCGUUUCUUGUCUUUAAUACUAGCAAUACUGAGAGCUCCAAGCUUAUGUGAGGGAAAUAUCGAUGAGUGGAGAGUGUGCAAGAGUGUAUGUUGACAUGAGCGAGAGAGAGGGGACCAUGGCAAUUGGCUGGGCGAGGAAGACGGCUGGAGGACAAUGAGAGGGAGAAGGUAGGAAGGUAUUUUCUUUGCUUAGGCUACGGUACAGGAUAAAAUAUUCACCAACUAGGGAAAAAUAGGACAAAUUGUUAAACUUCAGCCGGUAAGCAAUAAUUUUGAUAUUCUCUAUAUUUUUUCCUCGCUAAUAAAUUUGAUUAGUAAAAUUUGGAUAAACGUUCACGUGGUAAAUGUCUUCCUUUUCUUUAUCUGGAGAUGAAUUAAAUUUAUAAAGUUGAACUUAUGAAAAACAGCAUAAUCGGCUGUCGUCAUAACAUUACAUUCCGAAUCCCGAGGUUCCUUGCGCAAGUUUAUGGAGUAACUAACUAAAUAUUGUGAAUUAGCUCGAUCUUACUCAACUACAGUAAGGGGGUGUAACUCUUCAAUCAGACAGGAAAAUUGUUGGGUUUGUAUGUAUUACUGUAGUGAAAUUCGUUAUACAUAUAUAUUAAGUGUUAAUUUAUUGUAGUUUAAGUAUUGUUCAGGAAGUGCUCACCACGUUUUUAGUCAAAAGUAUAACUCAGUAUUUACCUUAUUUAUUAAAUAUAAUUAUAUUGGUCUUGAAUUCUCUGUUGUUGAUGCAAAAUAAAAUAAAUUGUUAAGAUUUGUUGUUCAGGAUUCCUUAAACAUUCACACACCCUUGGAAUCGUCACAGUCUAUCAGGUAUUCAGUAUUUUGGUUGAUAACAUAAGGAAGGUGGUGGAGGAGUGGCUGAGGAACAUUAAUGGGACAGAAGAACCGGUGACGGGGCAGGUCAUCGCCAAUAACCAGGUGGUAGCUGUUGCGGGAUAUUCGCUGAAAGUGGUAGAAUAAGGGGAUAAGAGAUGUGUGGAAUGGGGAAGGGUAACAGGCCGACAUACAAUCAUAGUAAAAGUAAGUGUAUGUUUGUGGAAGCGAGGGGAGAACAAGAGGACCGAGGAGUACAUGGGCGAGGUAAGGACAAGAUAAUAGCUCGGCUCUAUUCAGCAUGCCAUGAGGGUUGAAGCAGGAAAGCUAGCGACGAGGCUGAUGCCACUAGCGGAGAAUAAGAGGAGUUGAAUAGGAUGUCCCGUGGCUGAGACCGCAAGGGGAGAUCAAUGCGGAAGCGGUGAACUUGAUGAACCUCUGGAUCCACCGGGCCUUGGAAGGUAGAACGACGAGUAAAAAAGGGAAAACAAACAGGAUACCUAUAAUAUAUAUCUACAUAUAUAAUUUGCUAAUGAAGUUUAUAUGUCUUUCCAUUCUGACGUUAUUACUUCAGCUAGAAUUUCCAAAUUUGGAAUAGUUGUUCUCUGGGAUACUGGCUAGAACCUAACGGAGCCAAAUUUUUCAAUUUUGAUAAAAAAAAAAAAAACUAAGACAAAAAAUGGGUUUUAUCGCGGAGUUUUCGCGCGUUUUAUUUCUGAUCCCACGUCGAAGUCGAUUCUCAUCCACGUUCGUCGCGUCUUCGCACAGAGACAGUGUUGCCAAAUAAUUCUUUCCAGUUAAAAAACCGGAGAAAUUGAAAUUGGCCACUAAAAAAAAAGGUAUCCAUUUUUUUCCAGCUGCCUGGUGUGGAGGAAAAAGAUAAAUAUUCUUCAUACUAUUUUAUUUACAUUGCCUCGCAAAGACAGGCCUAUCAAUAGUAUAACUAUCAUUAGAAUAAUGACAGAAUAACCAGUCUUCAUUAUUGCAAAUGAGUUUAAAUCGUAUUACAGUAAGAUUGGAGGGGUACUGGCUGCAAGUAUAACCCCUCCUUGCAAUAGGAGCAACAGGAUGCUAAGUGAGGCAAAUCCAUACACAAUUUAUUCAGCUCUAAUCACAAACAACGAAAUCAUUAUGCAAAUAAAUAGUCUGAAGUAAAAACGCAAUCUGUAAUCCCAUUGAUUGGCCAGUUAUCCGCCGACCAAUAGGAUUAUAGAUUGGUGAAUUUAUUUUGCAGAUAGAUAGUUACCAGCAAGUUCAUCUGAUGUCUCUGAUGAUGAAUAAACCGGGCCCAAAACACAUUAUUAAUUGUAUCCUUUGUAGGCCUUUGAUACUGUUGACCACCGGGUCCUCCUGGAGGGAUUACAAAAUGUAUAGGUAUUCGAGGGACCACAAAAAAAUAAGGUCACAAUAGCAGACGUGACAAGUGAUGCUCUCCGGGUGGAGAUUGGUAUGUCGCAGGAAACGUUCUUGGGACCACUUCUGUUUAAUAUCUAUAUGAAUGAUGUCUUGUCAGUGUGCCCCACGGGAAAGGUUUUCUGCUUCGCAGAUGAUAGUGCGUAUUAAGAGAUGAAUCUUGGAAUUCAGUAAUGCAAAAAGCUGAAUUGGCUAUUGGGGAAUUGAAGGCCUGGACGGCAGUUUACUGUCUCUGAACACUGACAAGACAAAAUUCAUGACCUUUUGGAUUGUCAAAGAAUACCUUACCCCAGUUCCAAUAUUUAAGGGUACACAAGUAUGACUAUUCGGUGAAUUCAAACACAUGUUAAGGGUAUUGGAUGCGCCUCAAUGCCAAAAUAUUUUUUCCUGCGCGAAGCACCUAACGCAGUCUAUCAUUGUAUUCCGCUCCGGUUAAUACUCCAUAGUGGGAAUGAGAUGAAUGAAACAAGGAAUGCAUUGCAUUCUUAAUUUCAACCUAAUUUUUUAACAAUUAUUGAAGUUAUAUCAACUUUCUUUUUUGCAUUCGAUUUAUAAUAUAGGGACGAAUGGCGCUAUCUUUUUAGAAAUCCGAUAAUAGAAACAAGUUCUCGAAAAAUUACAAAAAUGUAAUUUAAACUGAAAAAAAAACAUGAAAGUUAAUCAAUUUAUGGUGUUUUUUUUAGUUAGCGCCAUUCUUAAGCCGCGUCCACAUUAGUAAAAAUUUACGUUGUGCGUGGCAUUCGGCACAAAUUUGUGUGUGCGAUACAAAUUUAUGCAAGUGUGAACCUGUUCGCCGCAUACGGACGCACGCAAAAAUUUUCACGACAUUCACCGCUCGCGAUCCGCAGCUUGUCGGUUUUUUUCAAGACAUCAAAGGGAUUUGCGGCGCAACAUCGUUCUAGUGUGCAUGCAUUUUUUCGCGAACGAAACAAAUAACCAAAAAACAAGCAAUGCGCACACUGAAAUAAAAUAGGCACACACGCGUUGAGCAAGAACGCACGGCGCACAACACAAAUAUUUAUGUCGGUCAAGAUACCAAACACUACAGCUAAAAUUCGAAAACUAUCACAUAAAUUGUAUGAACUUCGCAACAUUUUGCGCUUGAAAACAUUGAAAAUAGUUGACUCUUCACUUGUAGAAUGUAUAAUUGGCUAUGCUAGAGUGGUACCUAUAGGAAAAUGCUGGCGAGACCAUUCUGUCGGAACUGUUUGUUGCACAAAAAUAUAUAUGAUAAAAGUACCUCAUGCUUUUCAAAAAUGGAAGAUUCCCUACACAGCAAUUAUUCCAAGAAAGCAAUUCAACCCUAGAACAGCCGGUGGCGACGCGUGACCAGUAGUCUGGGGGGGGUAAAUGGUACGGGGGGCUGAGGGAGCGCCCUCCAAAAACGCGCCGCAGGCGAAAUUUUACGCAAAUUUCAAGGUCAUUCACUUUUCCAGAACAAUUAUUUCAUUUGUGAAAAAAAUAAAACAAAACAAAAAUGUAUUUCUUCAAUAUAGGUAUUAUGUAUUUUCUUUUUGGCGUCGUGAUUUUUCUCUUGAUAAUUCGAUCCUGGGGGGGGGUAAUUACCCCCAGUACCCCCCCCCCCCCCCCCAACGCAACGCCCCUGAGAACAGCUAUACGUCAUAAAAUCAAUAAUAAGUUUAUGAUAAAGUACCCUUAUUAUAAAAAACCCUUAUUAUAAAAACAAUAUUCGGCACCAAAUCAAUAAAGAAUUGCAGCCCGACAGGACAUGCUUUUGCCAUCAGUUACGCACCAUUUACGCUAGCAAUAUGUAACACUGGCGUUUAUAAAGUUAUCAUAUACAGGGUGUUAAUGAAUAAUGGGAUCAAACUUCUAGGAUAAAUAGUCGUCAUUAAAACAAAAAAAGUUGAUAGAAACAUGGAUCCGCAAAUGCUUAGUCUUUGAGACACAGGGUGUCAAAGUUUGGAAAAAGGUCGUUUUUCUAGCUCAAAAAUCUCUUUCCUAAUUUUUUUUAUACUUGGCAGGUUUGUCUGUGAUAACAAAAGGUAUCUUUUGACUGUAAUAUGACUUGAUUAAUCUAAAAAAAAUAUGAAAGUUGAAAAAAAAUAGUGACGUGCCAUUUUUUUUCUACUUUACCAACGUAGUUGCCUUCUGGGGCGCCACUGGAAUAAUUACGGUAAAUCUAAUUGAGUCAAACGUCAAAUGAUACCUUUUGUUUUCACAAACCUGCCAAAUUUGAAGAAAAUCGACAAAGGGAUUUUUGAACAAAAAAAAAACAUUUUUUUUUUCAAAGUUUGACACCCUGUAUCUCGAAAACUAAGGAUUUGCAGAUCCGUGUUUCUAUCAACUUUUAUUUUAUUUUAAUGACUACUAUUUAUAGAUUUGAAAUCCAUUGUGCGCUCAAAACAAGAGAGCUUUUCUAGUAUUUAUAGUAUCAAUUUAAAAGUCGAUAUUGAAAACCAAAAACAAACAAUUUAAAAUCUAACUUAUUAGUAAACUUUUCUUAUUAGAAAGCAAUUUUAUUGUUAGAUAAGCAAUUUUCAAUUUAAUCCCAUUGAAUGGCGAAGCUAGAUUUAAAAUUGAUAGUGUCAACUUGCACUUUGAUGCACACGUUUUGGGAGAGAUAUUUAUAAAUGAAGCAGUGUCAAUAUUACCCGGCGUUACCAUUAUGCGAAUUACAAUGUAUAUAUUAAAUAUUGAUAAAAAGUUUCAUGAAAAAUAAUUGUCUUUUUGAUUUAAAAAAAUCCUAUUUUUUUUUUGGAAAAACUCACUUGUGGUUUAAAAUUAUAUACUUAUUAUAAUAACAAAGACAAAAUAAUAAGCGCAUGUAAUCCAGCUUUUGCCAAGUUGUCACAGAAAGAAUUGGCAGAAAUUAUGAGAAUCUGGAAUAUUAUGCGCAGUCCCAAUCCUUCAAUUUUAAGUUACAGUUACAUCAGUUUUUUUAUUGCUGAUUUCGUUAGUCAAUGAAAAAUAAGAGUCAACACUUGUUUUUUCUUUUUUUUAAUAGUCAAAAAUUGACGGAGAUACAACGCUUUGAAAUGGGCUUAUGACGUCAUAAGGUAUAAUACUUUAUGACGUCGCACAUGCUCAGUAUAUCUAUAUAACGGGUGUUUAAAAAAAAAACAAUCAAAUAUUGCUUUGAUUACGAAAGCGUACGAGGCAUUAUUGUUUCAUUAUUGGUCAGGAAUUUUGACAUGACAUUAAAGUUCAUUGACAAAAUUAAAGAAAAAUAUUGCUAAGACAUACGUUUAAAAACCAUAGCAAUCUUUGAUUGGUUUUUUCUGAAGACCCGAUAUGUAUACAAAACUUAAUAUUCGUAUAACUUCCAGAAUAAUCGCAUUUGGACAAAAUAAAAAAACACACGCAUCGAUUUUUUGUCGAUUUCCAACAUAACUCCGGACGUACCGAGUAAUACGUAUCGAAAAAUAGAAUAGCUAUUUCGACAAUUUGAUACGAAUUUCGACUUGACUCGUAAAAUAGAAUCCGACAGCUGAACAGAUUAGACGUGCACACGUAGUAGUAGUAUUUUGGUAGGAGAAAGGGUUAAUUAUCGUUUUUUUUUUAAUGAUUUCCAGCCAACGCAAAUUUAUAUUAGUUAUCCAAUCAUGAAUGACAGCACAGCUCUGGUCCAUCCGGUAUUCAGUAUUUUGAUAACAUUCUAUGACAAGCAACAUAACCCAAAAACUAUAAACGAUGGUUCCUUUAUAUUUUUAAUUAGCUGAUUCUACAACCAAUUUAAUAAAUUAUCUCUGUUCUUUUCUCCUAGGUUGUUAGGUACCUACUAAGUUCUUGGAGAUUAUAGGAAUAAGUUCAGCGGCUUCGAUAGAACCAUCGCCAUUUCCGGCUGUAUCUGAAUCAUAUAAUUUGCCAUAAAACUUUCAGUUUAGUUCUGAAUUUAGCUUUGUUUUGGUUUGAAAAAAGGACGAUACGAGAACGGUUUAAAGCAAUCGCACAGUUUAUCAAUCAACAAAGUGACAACGGUUCGGCUAUCAAAAAUUCUAAUAAUAAACUGUGCGAUUGUUUUGGACCGUUCUGAAGCCGUCCUUUUUUCAAACCAAAACAAAGCUUUUGAUUGUACCUACUUUCCUUUUACUGUCAACUUUUGUAGUUUUUCUUAUUUCCAUUUUACCAUGAAUGGUUUAUGAUACAAUUUUUAAAAAUUAAUGUUUCUUCUAGAAACACCAAUUUGUACAAUUUCUCUUCUUUUUCUUAUGCAUGGUUUUCCCUUUUUAAAGCCACAUUGGGAAGUUCCCUGGAAGUUCCAUAUGCCGCCUUGGGACACAUUGUCACAUAUUCUUUUCAUCUUUUACCAAUUUUUUUUUUUUUUUCAAAUACAUUGUGUUGUAGAAGCAUAUUGCAUCCAUCAGACUGUUUCUCCUUCAAUUGGAUCCAGAGAAAUGUCAAACUUACAAGCUAGUUACUAACCCAAAAUAACCCAAACCACCGAUCGUAACUAAAAUGUCAAAUGUCAAUGUUGACUCCGCAUUUAUAGAGUCAUCUCGAUGAUAUGUAAAGCUUUUUAUUUUGUCUUUUAAUGUAUUGUGAUAAAAAAAAUAAUUUAAGAAAAAAACAACUCGUUAAAAUCAAUUAUGCCUACAAGCAGAACUUUUUUGUGAAAAUCUUUGCUUGCGUGAAAAAAUAUCUACGUACUAGUAAAUAAUUCCAUAAUAAAAUAAGUUACCUAUACUUAAUUAUUUAUUCUGAAUUAAAUUAUGAUGUUUUAUUGCCUGUAUUUUCUAUAUCCUAUUCGUUAUGUUAUGUGAGACAAACCAUGUGUUUGAAAAUUGGUAGCUGGAUGGCAACCAAAACCAAGUUAUUUAAUCCAGGUGAUUGACCAGCCUAGGUAAGUACAAAUAAAUAAUUUCCUAUUUUGCCUCUGUGAUCGAUUUUAUGUAGUUGAUAGGCAGAUCGAUAUAUGAUCCAGCGUCCUGAAG